CACCAUCUAGCGUUAUGGCUGCGCGACCACUAGAAACUUAUCGGGAAAGAGAAAGGAAUAUGUUUGGCAUGCUGUGUUUCUUUCUACGUGAUAAUAUGCGCUGUUGAGCGGUGAUUCGCUGGACGCCAAAGAUGGAGGCGACGAAGGGAGCCGACGGUGAAGAUUAUUCGAGGACGAACGUGCAGGCUGGUAAGAAGGAGGUGCCCGAGAGGCUUCGAGUCCUCUCGGUCGAUAAGCUUACCGUCGAAAAGAUCGUCUUGGAGUCCUCGACCGGAUCACGAGAAGUGCUCCUAACGAAAAAUGAGAGUUCCAGGAAGCUAUCGAUAAAAUCAGAGUCGGGAAAGACAAUUCCGACGCAGUCCAAGGACGAACGGAGGGAGUCCACGGACGUCAAGUAUCGCGCCUCGCUUUCUGAAGACGCGUUCGUCUACGUACCGAGCAACGACGUUUCCGUUAACGAAGUGGUCUCGAAGACUUCCGGGGCGAACGACGUACCCGCGCCGAGCGUCGAGAGGAGGAUCAAGCCCAUCAAAUUGACCAAGAGUCCUUCGAUCGGUAGCAUUGUAGUCGCCGGCUUGAAGUCCGCGUGUAAAAUUCCGCCCAAGGUGCCCGAGAAACCGGCCGCCGCUAGCCUAGCGAUCUCGUUACGAAACGGAAGGGAAUCCUCGAAUUCGAACGUUUCGAGAUCGGCUAACAAGUUAAUCGGGAUAACGGAGGGACAGGACGAAAAGUCGAACGCUUCGGAGUCGGUCGGGGACGGCGGGAAAAUCGAGAAGGAGAAGGAACAAAACGAGAAAGACGUGAUCGUGGACGAAGAGCGGCAAAAGCUAGAAGGGAAUGGCGUCGAGAUCGACGCGAAAGAUCGUUUAGAGAGGAGUCGGUCGAAGAUCGGGGUUCUGCAGCAAAAUUUGAGCACUCAGAUAGACGCGAACACGGCCGAGAAUUACAAGAGAAAGCUGCUGGAAUUGCGGACGAGCUACGCGCUGAAGCUGCCCGUUCUCGUCGACUCGAACGCGAACGAGAAGUUCGUCGGCGAGGUAGCGUUCGACAAAGAGUUUCUACGGAAGCACAACCUCGACAAGAGGUUGAAGAUCGAGGAGAACAGCGCGCUGGAAACCGAUCCGGAUCGCGUCUCUAACGGGGAACGAAUCGACGAGGAGUCGAACGAAAGGAUCGUGACCGAACGGAGCGCCAGGCCCAGUUACAGCAAGAAGGUGUCCGAGGUGGAGAAGAGGUGGUCCGGGGAGUUCCUGGAGAAUCGUUUGGAGCGUCACUCAUCCGGGUCGUCCAAGUCCUCGUACGUCGAGGAGUUCGACAGCGUUUCGUCGAGGGAGAGCGUGGGCGAGGAGCGUAGAUCCGACGCGUUGUUUAUCGAGCAGGGUACACGGCAAGUGGACUUGGAAGAGGGCAGUGGAUUGUCCAUAGACGUCUCCGGAAGGCAAACUUCGGAGGAAGUUCUCGCGGACAGCACCGACGUUAGCACGGUAGACUCGGACUCGUGCCUCGAGGAUAGAAUCAAGGCGGUCGAGGAGGACAUCGACGAGGCAGCGAACAAGACACGGUUACCUGGCGAUGACGGAGCCGAUCGACGUCAAGAGGAAUUCGAACGAGCCAAUCGGUGGAUAGAGUCGAUCAUACCGACGAACGACAGGUUUCAGGAACGAAGGGACGAGUCUCAGAGAGUGUUGAGCUUCUAUCCGGACGCUGGACUCGGCUCGACGGAUUCCAUAGACUCCACGUUCGUCGAUCGAAGUCGAUCGGGUAGAGACGGAUACGCGAAACUCAUAAGGGAAUUCACCAUGGAGACGACUUCUGUAGCGGCUGGCUCGUCUCGAGCGAAGAAAGAGAAGAAGAAGCUCGGGCUUCGUCGACUUCUACCGGGUUUCUUCUCGCCGAAGGACUCCCGGAAGGACUACAAAAAGAAAGAAUCGAAAGAACGUAAGAGACAGGAUGACCGACACUUCGCGCGCUAUCAACAGAACGGAAAUUACACCAAGUCCCCGGACACGAUGAACCUGAACGAAGACAUCAAGAGAAACGUCAAGUUGGACAAUAGUUUGAACGGAUCCAUAAUCGAAGAAAGACUGGACGAGAUCAAACGCGAACUGUUCCCGGAUCAGGGCCCCAUAACCAGCACUCCCGAUCACUUCACACGAGACGACGAUCAAAGUCUUCUGCGCGAUCGAGUCGGACCGCCUCGAUCCUACACCACCGAUUCCAGUCUGAGCUCGAUCGCUCCCGACGAGAGAUGGAUCGAGAGGAACAACGCUCAUCUUGGCAUAUCACCUGACAUUCGGAAGUUCGAGCAACGUCAAAAGCGCGAGGAAUUCGGCCAGAGAUACGGUCAGCUCGAGCGCAAGCACAGCUUGCAGGAACCGAACCACGCGACGCGAUCUUACUUCUUUCAUAGAAAUCACGGGCCAUCGGGCAGGAUCUCGGCCCCGCCUAGCGAGAGAUACUUCGUGCGACCCAGGGCGAUCCAUCCCAUCGACAGACCCUUGCCAGCGAUCCCCCACUCGCGAACGGAGUUGUCCAACUACGAGAACUAUCUGGAGGAGCAGGAAGAGAUGCCAACGCAAACGACCAGGUACGGGAAGAGCUCGUACGCGUACUCCUUCGCGCCCGACAAGUCCAAUUACUCGAACGAGCCGGGUCUCUACGAGAACGACAACGCAUCUGGUCUGAUUCUGAAGUCGGUAUCCGCUCAGGUGAAGAUCACGCGUCAGCCGAUCGUCAAUCAGAAUCACAGAGCUCCUCUGGUGGGCAGAUCGCCCAAGUAUCCAUCGUCAGGAAGCAGUCAGAAGUCGGGUGAUUACGCGGAUUCGAGUUGCACGCCGAACUCCAGCCAGAAGAGCGAGUUCUCGCCGUCCAGCUCGAAGAGCGGCGAAUAUUACCUGCACUCGCCGCGAAACAGCGGCUCGCCAACGGGCAGAGACCUGGACGAGGACUGUCGCAGGGAGGGUAUUUACGAGAACGAGAAAUCGCCCUCGAGAUCGUCCACUCGUUGCAUGGACGAGCGCAUAUACGACGAGAGCCCGCCUUCCGGUUGCGAGGAUCGCUCCUCCACCCCCACUAAUUCCAAGCAACUGGACCGCUCGAUGGAGGGCUCUCUGGAGAAAAGGGACACGCCGUCGAACCGUAGUCCCACAAAGAGUUUGCAAAUCGCCGAAAAGCCGGACGACGAUCAAAGGCACGAGCAAUCGACAAGCCAAGCGGUAGGUAGCAGUCCAGCGGGUUCACCGAGUCAAGGGAAGACGGUUUCGUCGCCGACUGUGCGCGCUCCGCCGCCCUCGAGGAGGGCUCAGCCCAACGAGCAGAUCCUGAUAGCCUCGCCGAAGAGGGAAACGCCGUACGAGACGCGGAUACCGCGUCCCUCGAACGAAUCCAGGCGAUACGCCGUGGAGUCGCCCGUCCACAUAACGAAUUCCCCGCGUAGGCUUCAACCGGGCAACUCUCUCGAGCCGCGUACUCAAGAUCACGCGGAGAAUCCACGCGAGGAUCAGUCGUUUCGCGGCUCGAGGAUGGCCAACUUUGCGGGACAGGGCUCGACCGCGAACAUGACCGCGGAACUGCCGCGUCCGGAGCCUAUUUACGGACACAGGGGUCAACCGAUACCCAGCCAACGGUCAUCCUAUCGGUCAAACGCGCAGAAGAAAGAUUGCGAAGAUAGAGUGGCUUGGGUCCAAGGACGAGCCUCCUCGCCCGCCAAGAAUUUACAGAAACGCGUCGAGUCCGAAAGGAGCAGCCCGAGGACGGAGAAAUGCAGCAGGUCGCUCGAACUACGCCCAACGGAGGUUCAACGUCGAGAGAAUCAUGCUGUUCAGUCGCAGCGUCCUGCACCGCCGUACGUCGAACUUCAGAGACCCAGGAUUCCCUGUCAAGAGAAAACGCAACAGUCUCCGAACGCAGGUCCGUCUCAACAACAACAACAGUCGCUGCAACCACGAUCUCUCGAGGAGCCCGUGUAUCUGCAGAGAGUCUCGGAACCGGUGUACGGGCAAAGAGGCACCAGCAGCGGAGCGCUGUCCCCGUCGAAGCAAGAGACUCGACAACAAUUGGAGGCGUUCUACUGGCAACAGAAGGCGCUCGAGGCGCGCAGGAAGUCAUUCGCGACCCCGGUGACCGCCAGCCCCAGGCAGACCGGUCGAAAAAUUGACUUGCCAGAGGUCAGAGAAGCGGUGUACUGGCAGCAGCUCAAGAAGCUGGACGAAGAGCAACAGAGGCGCAUCUACGAGCAGAAUCUGGCAGAGGAGAGGUCGCAAGGUAGAUCUAAGAGUCCCGGAAGACCAACGACCUCCAGGCAAGGGACUCCACGAGGUCCCGUGACGACCGAUCUCUCGAUAUCCACCGCGUACGCGGACCCCGCUGCCUGGACGGACGAUCGUCGUCGUACGAAAGGGAACCCCACCGGGAAGCCACCGUUGAUGCAGAAGGGUCAGAAUCAACCUGUGCUGAUCGUCAGGCCCCAACAGGCGAUCCAGGACCGUCGAGAAGCGCCUAGCAAGCCGCUGGACCCGACCAGGCUCGAGGUGCAACGAUCGAAAAGCGCGUCCCCGCAUUUCCAUCGAGGCGACACGCAGUUGAUCCCGCGGAAAGUCGACACUCGUUCGAUUUACGAGGAGGACGCGAACGACGCUGACGGGAAAACCGCGCCUCCGCCGAUUUUCAAGAGGGGCAGCUUGAUCAGCGGCGAUCCCGUGGAGUACGGGAGUGCUGGCGGCGCGAAGAGAGUCAGCUUCUCGAACCAGUCGACCUUAGGGCCCGAUUUGGCCAGCGGAAGUUGGCCGACGAAACACGGCACGGCCCCGGAACCGCCGACUCGCAGACACAGGAGCGAGGACAGCGCUUCGGAUAGCGAUUCGGUGUUCUCUCAUCAAGACCGUCGCGACGUCGGUCACUGUCCGGACGCCGCGGAGUACGACGCCGACAGACCGUUGCCGCCAUUGCCCAAAGACUCGCCCGGCAGCGCUACGAGGCCCGGAGCCGCGAGGAGCAACGCGUACGGGGACCUUGGAUGGAAUUCGGGCCCCGAUCCUAGAAGGACCAGCCCCAACGCCAUCGCGGACCAGAUGCAGCGCGUGCUACGUCAGAAGGAGGAAGAGUGGAAUCCGGAUGGCAAGGGUCGACAGUCCAACGACACCGGUGGGUCCGGCCGGGGGGAGGGUGAGCCAGGUUCGAACGAAAUACCGAUCGGGAGGAGGGGCGGCGGUGGCGGUGGCGGUGGGGGCGUUGGAGGAGGUAGCGUGUUGGGUGUUGGCGGAGGUGGCGGAAGCGGAAGCAUCGGGGGAGGCUCGGUGGGCAGAAGCGGGUCCGGGGGUGGCGGCCGAUCGAGGGACGAGCCGAGGAGGCACACCCUCGGCGGCGAUCACCAGCCGUCCCUACAUCAUCAGCAGUUCAACGCGGCCCAACAACUGCACCCCCUUCAUCCCCAUCAUCCCCAUCAUCUGCCGCCGCCACACGGCCAGUACGGUACACCGCCCACGCGUCACACCACCAUGGAUCUCGAGAUGGGGACCAAGUCUCGCCAGAGAAAGUCGCCUCUCCCGCGCGGUUUUCCACCACCCUCCUCGACGAUGUUGUUCGAUGACGACCCGGGCAUCAUGUCCGAGGUGGAGACAUCUAGCACCGGAUUCCGACGGGGCGGCAAACAAAGAAGCAGCCUCCCCGUCGUACGGACCCCCAGCAAGACUCUGGAGCGAUCAUUAGGUCUAGUGUUCCUGCAGUAUAGGAACGAGACGAAACGGACGCUUCUGCCCAACGAAAUCACGAGCAUAGACACCGUCAAGGCUCUCUUUGUCAGAAGCUUCCCGAAGCAACUUACAAUGGAAUAUCUAGACAGUCCGCACGUCAAGGUUUACAUACACGACAGCAACAAGAACAUGUUCUACGAGCUCGAGGAUCUUAGAUCUCAUUUGAAAGACAUUCGAGACCGCAGCGUCUUGAGACUUUUCGAGAGCACCGACGGCGUGACGGGGAUGCCAGGACCGUUGGAAAUACCCGGAAACGCGCCUCUGGGACUACCCCCGCACUGGGAAGACCAAAGCUACUUCAGCGAGCCAGAGUUCGACAGCGAGUACCAGCAUCAGCACAUCCACAAGAGCAAGACGGCGAAGAACUCGACGUCCGGAAGCAGCGGCUACUACGUCGGGGGCAGCAGCACUCUGCCACGAGGGGGCCAGUUGAUGAGGGCGUACAGUCCAGCAGCGUCGUCCGUGGUCGGCGGGCCAACCGCAACUCCCACGCAGCCCAAGCCUCUCGCUACUCCGGAUGGUUGGAUAGGUGGUGGCGGGGUGCCGCCGGCCAAGCCGCUUCGCAGCUACCAGUGCAGUAAGAGUCCCCUUGGAAGCCUCGGGGGCUCGGCUCGCUUCUCUAGAGACAGCUCGGUCUCCCUCUAUAGUAUAGCAGAUCGAUUGCACGGGGAAAGUGGUUACAUGAGCAGCCCUGAAAGAAGCGGAGGCGUUGGCUCCGGGACCGGAAGAUACCCCCCUGGACCGUACAGCGCCGGAAGCAGCUACGAGGACCCGUACUACUCGCAGUACUCGGGAACCGUCACGCCCGUCAUCGACGAGGAGGCCAGUGGGUGGUGCAGCGAUACGGAGCUGUUGGAGGAAUCGUACAGUCUAUACGGCGUGAAACCAGGCCGUCCGCCGUCCGGUCCACCGCGAUCUCCGUUUCCUCCAGGGGCGCCACCUUUACCACCCGGUGGUCAGAGCUACGACGCUACUCGGAUAAGGGUAGAGCACAUGGAGAGACAGCUGGCCAACCUGACGGGACUGGUGCAGAAGGCACUGACCAACGCGCCCCACACGAGCUCGUCGCCGCGAGAUUAUUUGCAAGUUCCCGCGACUCGCGAUCCGUACGCGAGAGGGCCAGGCGCCGGGGACGAGUUCGACAAACAUUCUAGCUCCAGCUCUGCCUCAUUGCCAGUGUCUCAACCUGCCGUUACAGAUGACUCGUACUUAAGGACUGACGUAAAACCACCAAAAUUAGGCAAAGACAAGUCGGUGUCGUUCGAAAAAUCAGUGUCCUUCAGCGACGAGCCGCCGGACAUGAACUCUCCUAAACAGCACUCGCCGCAGCACACAGCGGACACAAAACCAACGAAACCGGCGAUCAAAUCCUCCACGUUGCCGAGGAUGUCUUCGCAAGAGAGAGACAGGCACAAGCCGACUCCACCGCCGAAACCGGCGGCGCUGGUUGCGGGUCAGUACGUCUACAGAGACCUGGCUCUGACGCCAGAAAUGUACAAUCAGCUGCGAUGUCUGCAGAAGAAGGCGAAGGAUCUCAGACAGGAAGUGAGAAAUCUGAGGCGCAUGUCUCAGGCCCAGGCGCACACGGUGCGCGAGACCAUCCGGGACACGUUCAUCACGAUCAGAGCCAUGUUGCUGUCUGGUGGAGACGCAGCCUGGACUGGCGGAGAUGCGGAGAAAAUUCGACUGAGCCGCGAGGAAGACCUCUACAAGCAAGAGAUGUUAAGGCUGGAAAAAGAUCUGACCGAGCUAGAGAGCACGGUGGAGGAACUCCGUGGCAACGUCAUCAACAGGAAAACGAGAGUCAAUAUGUCGGAUGUGGAGAGUAUGGCCUUGAUAUUGAGCAAAUCGAGCAAAACAGUGGCGGAUCUGAAGGUACGGUUUCCGAGUCUCCAGGAGGGCAUGAAGGGGUUGCUGAGCUCGGAGAUGGAGAAGGUGGUGCGCGAGGAGAAGUUCCUCAAGGAGGAACCCGAACGAUUGGAGUCCGCGUUGAGACGUUGCAAAAAGCUUACCGGUACUCUCGUGACGCUCAAACGCUUGGCGUCGGUGCAAGAGCAGCGAUUACCAAACGCGACGAGCGUAGACGCCGACGAGACACCGCCUAUAACACCCACGUCAGCCCAACAUUCCAAGGCAGCUGCCUCUGUGCCAGCGGAACGCACUGUCGUGGGGUCAGCGAGCAUCAUCGGGGGAGGGUCCCACCCUCACGAACCACCCGCCGCCCAUCAGCAGCGUCCGGAGAACGCACUCGACGCUCUGCUAGACGAGUUGCAGACCUUCUCGAGGCCGAGCUCGCAGCUCGGUCACGUCCCCGGUUCGUCGACGAUCCUCUCCGACCUGGGCAGAUCGGGAAGCAGAGAGGCCGGCGUAGUACCGCCCGCCACCGGUACGUCGGGUCGAGCCCCGUGCAUCUCCGACAUAGGAAGGAAAGGCAGCGUGGACUCGUCGAGUGGAAUGUUGAGUGGCGCUGCGGUCGCGGUAGGAGCACAGAACGCGGGUGGAACGCUCCGCAGGUUGCAUUCUUAUCCGUCUAGCUCGGACACGGACACCUCGCCACCCAUAGCGAGACUGCAGGUGUCGCUGCAGGAGCAACCGAGCUUGCCGGUGCUACCGCAAGGGUUCGUGCCGGGUCAGAAGCCGCCGGUGCCCGAGAGGAACGCGGAACUGUUGCAACUAGCCAGCGCGAGAAGAGUCCCGCCACCUCCGCCGCCCCGCACCAGCUCCAGAUCCCCGUUGGCCAGCCCCACGAGCCCCCAGCUGCCGCCCAGGAAUCAUUCUUGCAACUUGCAGAGCGGUAAUUCGACGCUACGCAGGCCACCAGCGCGCUCCAACUUGCCGGUGAAGGAGGGCAAGCCACCGAUGGCCCUUCCGGUGGACGCCACCAACGCGGUGGUGCCUGCCUUGGAGCAAUCGACGGUGACCACGGUGCUCCAUAACUCCUCGUCCUCCCAGUCGUCGAUCAUCCUGUCCGCCAGCAAUUCCAGCUCCUGCGAGAGCGUCAACUCGCAGGAAGGCCUGCAGAGCAAGAAGGGCAGGCAGGAGCAGCUGGAGCAACGGCACCAGGAGCUGUUGCGCAAGCAGAAGGCUCUGCAGGAACAGUACGCGCGGCUCCAACAGCUGCAACGAAACACGGCGGGUCUGACCACCGUACCGCCGGCGCCGCCGGACCUUCUGAAGAAAACAGGCUCCGAGAGCAACCUGCUGGCCAAGAUGGGCCUCGGUCUGAGCGCCGCCAGCUCCGGAUCUCUUACCAGCCUGACCGCGAAGCUAGCUGCCUCGCACGAGACGUCCGUGGACGGUCAUCAGCCGCGACAGGAAGAUGCCAACGAUCACCAGCAGCAAAUCGAGACCACGGCCGGCAAGAUCGUCGUCAACUCGACGUCCAGUGCGGUGACCACCGCUCAGACCGUAAAUCAGACUCCUUUGAGCGAAUCGAACGGUCAACCGUCGUCCAUCGUGAACGCAGGUUGCCCCAGCUCCACGACCGUCUCAACAGUGACGCCAAUCGCGAACGCGACCACCACGACAACUAGCAAGAUCUACGAAACGGAUAUUCUGUGACCGAGAAGCCGGUCCCUGAUUGGCCACAGCGUCAGCGUGGCUGCCGAAGUCGUGCUCGCGAGUUAACGCGCUCAAUUUCAAACGGUCCACGAUCUUUCCGUCGAGAAACAGGAGGGAUAUGUUAUUUAUACCUGAUCCAGACCAAAAUGCACCGUGACCAGCGACUGGAGCCGGAAAGUGAUGGCGUUGGUGCGUAUCACUGACCACUACGAAGCGGCUGGGAGUCUUUAUCGCCGAAACGAGGAACGAAUCAACGACCGUGAAACGCGUAUCAGUAUUAACAGAAUCUGUGAGCCAACAAUGGACGCGAGAGACGGUUGUUGCUACCGUGGAGGAUCGAUGGUUCGGAUUGACGGCCAUCGGUGUCGCCUCGAUCGGAAAGUAGAGUUUACAGCGUAGAGAACUUAGCGAGUCACACGUAAUUUAUAAUAUCGAUUAUCGUAAUUAACGGAUAUAGUAUUAAUAAUCGUAACGAAAAACUGCGAUCCAAACGCGUAAUAGAGACGUCUCGGUUGAGACGCGAGCGUCUCACACACAGUUUCGAUUUUAAGCGGCCCCGUACACGCUCGUGAUUUACUGGAGAUUUUAUCCACGCAGGUUUGAUCAACCGUCUUUCUAAUGAAAAGGGCCAGCGUGAAAGGCGAUCAACCAAACUCGAAUGUAAACCAUAAAUGUCUGCGUGUAUGGGAAAUUUACAUUACAAAUAAGAAAACGAGGCGCGUACAUUAGGAGGCAAUAAUUUCUGCCGUUUGAUGAGAACACGGCACACUGAAAUUGUAUCCUCUUUUCUUCUCAAACAAGCUUCUAAUUGUCGCGCGGCUGAAACGCUGGGCAACGUUUAUAAAAUCACUCUGUCGCCGAUCACGCGGAUAUUUCCAUAAUUUUUCACACAAGUUUAUUUAUUUAGCGUUGAAAAAUUAAAAACGACCUUAACAUGUUACCUUAUUCGUCUUACCUUAACCUUUUGACGUAUGAGAAACGAAUAAACGUAACACAUCUUCUGGUGAACGAAAACUCGUAUCAACAAUGACCCGAUAUUGCUUUCAUAAUAAAACAGAGCAUAUUUGGAAUAGAUUUCCUAAAAUUUAAUAAAGUAUUAUUUUAAUACCGCGAAGGGUUGAAGUCGUAUCAACGCCAUCUAACAUUUCACCCACGCAGCAACUAGAAGCCAUCUUGGAAAAGAGAAGGGUUAGGUUUGAGAUGUCGCAGUCCUUUCGAAUAACAGAAAUUAAUGUUUCCCAACGUAUUUUGUGCCGGAGAUCGAAUUUCAAUCCAAGAGAUCGAGACUACUCGAACAAUCUUUCGUAACGAUUGUGCCAAAAAGAAAAAAUAAAGAAGAUGAGCAUAAGUUACAGAUUCCACGUCAACGACCACGAAUCGUCGUGUUUCCUCCGCAUUUUCGACUCGUGACUACGGAUAAGCCUCGGCCCAAUCGCAAACGCGGUCGUCAAAGUAUUACACAUACAUACGAGUAUAUUUACUAUAUCUAGGAGGGAGGAGCGAGAUAUUUCUAUAUACGAAGCAGGAGUAAGGAGAAGUUUAUAUUUAAACGAAUAUUUAAGCGGAUAGUUAGGUAGAUAGACCGAGCAGACGCACGAAAGUAUGCUCUUUAUAGUACGCGUUAAUCAUCGUUAAAGUCGAUUACUUACGAAACAUUCGCGAUCCACGAGGACGAGAAAUUUUAUCGUGUCUAGAAAGCAUCGUCCUUCUUGCGCCUGGUGCAUGUAGGUAUGUACAUACGCACAAUGUGCAGCACGGCGAAGGAACGAUCGAUAACCGGAUGGAGGACCGGAAAAACCUUGGUCGAAACGCGAGAUACCGGUAGUGGAUAAUGGCGCGAAAAUCCCGGUCGCGUUCCUCUCUGUAUUUUUCCUGUAACCUAGCGAUAUGAAAGGUUCGUACGUUUCUAGGUAGCUUUAAUUAAAAGUAACAAGAAAAAGAAAAAAGUGUGUAAAACAAGAAUUAAAGCAGUUGAUCGACAUAAUUGAGAAUAAACUCGAGCGAAAAUGCGAAGGAAGUGUGCGAAGAAAGGAAGAAGAGGGAGGUUAUCGUUGCUUCGAGGAAAUCAUGAGAACCAAUAUCGAUUCGUCUCAAUUUUUCAAUGGACAGAGGCAAAGAUUGAAAGGAACAUUGCUCAAUAUUUACUGAUUGAAAUGCAACAGCGAGCGUCGCGACGCGUACGGUCGCGACGUUCCAAGACCGCUCGUCGAUUCGUUCCAAGUGACGCAUGCGUUCUCCGGCUCGACGUCGAUGGACGCGCGCCACAAUCGAGCCCAGUUCCUUGCUUCGCGAAUUUUACAACACUUCUCUUUAAGUCGACCAUCGGGUAUCGAAUUACUGCGCGACGCGGCGCCUUGGAACGGAUCGACGAACGCCACGGCGCUUCGCGCUAUAGAGAUUCAUUCAUUCCUAAUUCGCUUAGCCAGAUUAAAUUGAUUCGCUUGGAUCGCCACAUCAGUUCGUUGAUAGAAUGUUGCGAUUAUCAGGCGCGAGCAAAUCCCAAGUUUCUGUCACCCUUCGCGAUCCGCGCGCCAUCACGCGGCGAAUGUCACGAACACGACCUGUAGAAAAAGAAAGAAGAAACCGACGCCAUCGUGUCGAGAAUUCUCGCAACGAGACUCCGUGCACGUUGUCGAGAAAGUUCUGUCCUCUUGGGACGAACAAGAUCGGCGUAGCAACGCGUACGGUUCGUCGCGAUCGGAAAGAAAAAGAAGGGUGUCCGUGCUUCCCGACGCUCGACAGAAAUCCGAGAUAUACCUAUAUAAUCUAUACACGCAUACUUUGCUUCGAGAGGCCUAAUAGCCAAUAGAUCCAAAUCCGUGCUUUCCCUAAGUUUUCCCUUUCGUUAGUUCGCGUAUGAACACGCCCGCGAUUUUACCUUUCUUUGAUCGCCUUCUCGAUAGUAUAAUAGUGGAUUAGUAAGGUUUUCGUCCGCCACGCGAAUAAUCGUGCUCUUAUUUGUUUUCUACGUACAGCCACGAAACGCAUCUAUAUGGAAGUAAUAAUUAAAUAUUUAACGAUAAGAAUAAUACGAGUAAGAAUAUGGAUAAUACCGAAGAUGAUCAUCGAUCGCAAAUACAUAUUCAGUUCAGCGAGUGUUUAUCAAGCGAGCAAUUAACGAGACGAGGACGAUACACGAUCCAAACGUACAAGAAACAUUUCACGUUCGAUCGUUCGUUCGGUCGAACUUGUAUAUUGUUCCAUUCACGA